AUUCAACACGUGGAGAAGUACGUGUUUACUGUGUCCUGAAGAAAACGAUGUCUGAUAAGCCUGAGGAUGCUCCUGAAAGUAUGCAACAAAUCAUUGUCUGUUAUGGACUAAUUGUAUGUAGAUUGAAUACCAGUAACCAAGUUGUCCCGGCACCCAGAGUGACCAAGCAGGCAAUGCGGACGCCUGUCAAGGCUGUCCUAACAAGGGCGUGUGUUCCACCCUCCCCAAAGGCCCAGAUCCAGCCAUUGAGGACGUGAAGGCUCGCAUGGCGUUGGUGAAGCAUAAGAUCCUGGUGCUGUCAGGGAAGGGCGGAGUAGGCAAGAGCACCUUCACUGCUCACCUUGCUUACGGUCUGGCCGCUGAUGAGAACCGACAGGUUGGUGUGUUGGACAUAGACAUAUGCGGGCCGUCCAUCCCCAAGGUGAUGGGAGUGGAAGGGGAGCAGGUGCAUCAGAGCGGGUCAGGAUGGUCCCCUGUGUAUGUUGAUGAUAACCUGUGUGUGAUGUCAGUGGGGUUUCUCCUCUCAAGCCCUGAUGAAGCUGUCAUAUGGAGAGGACCUAAAAAAAAUGGUAUGAUAAAGCAGUUUCUGAGAGAUGUUGACUGGGGGGAGGUGGACUAUCUCAUAGUGGACACACCCCCUGGGACGUCAGACGAGCACCUGUCGAUCGUCCAAUACCUGAGCAGUACACACGUCGAUGGGGCUGUUGUUAUAACAACGCCACAAGAGGUGUCACUGAUGGAUGUAAGGAAAGAAUUAAACUUUUGUAAAAAAGUGGGUCUGCCUGUGAUUGGAGUUGUGGAGAAUAUGAGUGGUUUCGUGUGCCCCAAGUGCAAACACGAGUCUCAGAUAUUCCCUCCAACAACGGGGGGUGCAAUCAAGAUGGCGGCUGAUAUGGGUGUGCCCUUCCUCGGCAAAUUACCCCUCGAUCCUCGGAUUGGCUGGUGUUGUGAUCGGGGCAAGUCCUUCCUGAGUGAAGUACCAGACUCUCCAGCAGCUACGGCCUACCAGGAGAUCAUUCAGAAGAUCAUUGACGCUUGUACUGGAAGUUCUCCCACAACAAGCUCAGAUAGAACUGUGGAUGUUGAAAGAUAACUUUUAUAACUAAAGCUAUGUUUUAUGUUUGUGUUGUAUAUACUGUAGUCAAAAGCUUCACAUUGAUACUACAUGUAUUAUUAAUGCUUGCUGA